UGUCAAUGUUACCCUUGUAACGAUCCAUACGCUUUACUUUAACACUUGAUUCCAACAUGUCCACAGGCACUCCUAGAGAUUCGGCUCGCGAAACUAAGUUGUCUCUGCCAAAAACAUGGCAUGCGGAGUCAGCUGAUGCUAUGGGCUCGAUGGGCAUGUUCCUCGCUGGCUUGGUGUUAGUUUCCAGAAAUCGGUACCUAGCAUGGCCAGUAGCCCUACUCGCGCUCAGCAGCUUCAUGAACCAGCAUCCUAUUCGAACAAAGGAAGGUGGGAGUACGCCGUGGACGGCUCUGAUGACGGCCUCGUUUGCGUUGAUUGUGUCGCAUGCUGCGAUGUUCACAUUCACGGACCCUGUGACUGGCGCAAUCAAGUUUUCGUCAUAGACUUGUAAUUAUUGCGGAUAAGAUGGUGGUUGUGAUUAUAACGCUCGCUUCACAUCCGACUGCCACGAACCUCGGCGUCAGAUAACCAUAUAUUCAUUGAAGUCACAAAACAUGCCUGCUCUGGUUAUGUAGACUCGCACUAUUUGCAAAUACAUUCAAGGCUAAUCAUAAGAAUCUAAGGUCAGCAAUACAAAAAGAUACACAAAGUGGAGGUGCUUCGAGGGCACCAGAAAAUAGAGUUGGCAGAAAAUCCGAACCUCUCGACGACGUGA